AUGGCAGACAUAGGGGAUGGACCACAUUUGGGGGAAGAUCUGACAGAUGCAAAAUCUAUUCCUGAUUCCAAAGGAAAGAACCUACCUGCUAGCAAGUCUAUGGACUCUGGAAUUCUGCCAGACUACAGUUACAGAAUGGAUUAUCCAGAGAUGGGGGAAUGUGUAAUAAUAAACAAUAAGAACUUCCACAAACAUACUGGAAUGUUACCCCGUUCGGGUACAGAUGCGGAUGCUGCAAGUGUCAGAGAAGUUUUUAUGGAGUUGGGAUAUAAAAUAAAGAUUAAAAAUGAUCUUUCGUGUGGGGACAUUUUUAAACUAUUGAAAAAAGUUUCUGAAGAAGAUCACAGCAAGCGAAGCAGUUUUGUUUGCGUGUUGCUAAGCCAUGGUGAUGAAGGAUUAAUCUAUGGUACAGAUGGCCCUCUUGAACUGAAAGCACUAACAAGCCUUUUCAGAGGUGACAGGUGCAGAAGUUUAGCAGGAAAACCCAAGCUCUUUUUCAUUCAGGCUUGUAGAGGGACAGAACUAGAUUCUGGUAUUGAGGCAGACAGUAGAUCAGAAGAAACAAUGUGUCAAAAAAUACCUGUAGAAGCAGACUUCCUGUAUGCCUAUUCUACAGCUCCAGGCUACUACUCCUGGAGGAAUUCAGCUGAGGGCUCCUGGUUUAUUCAGUCACUGUGUAAAAUGCUGGAGGAACAUGCAAGGAAACUUGAACUCAUGCAGAUUUUAACUCGUGUAAAUCGCAGAGUGGCAGAGUACGAGUCCUGCUCAACUCGGCAAGAUUUUAAUGCAAAGAAGCAGAUUCCGUGCAUUGUCUCUAUGCUCACCAAAGAAUUUUACUUCCCUUGCUGAAAGAAUUUCACCUUGUAAUUUUUCAGGUUGUGUUUUUAUCUGUAAUUUAUAUGCAAUGUUAGUAUGGAAUACCACUUUUAAAUCUGAAUUACUGUUCACUACUGUGUGUGGCAUAAUGAACUGUCUCAAAGUUGGAUAUGUCCAUUAUUAGAAGUAAAACGUAGUAAUGGCUAUGUUAGAAAUGCAAACUUGAGUAACUGAAGCACAGGCAAAUUUGAAAGUAGUGCUCUGAGUAUCUUGAAAAAUUAGGAAGAGGAGACUGAAGAAAGAUCAGAUGACUUAUCUAUUUCAUGCUACAUUUCACUUUGCUGAAGGGGCAGAGAAAAGAAACAGUUCUUGUAAAUGGUUUA